UUGACUUCACGCACUCAUUCAUUUUCUCUGAGAGAUGCCCUAUCCACAAGACCCACGUACAAGCCCUACAGACUCAUGCUAAGAUGAAGCUUCUACUGGCACUUUGUGCAGUUUGGAACAUCAUCCAACUAUCAGAGGGCUGUUCUUCUGGAAAAAUGACAGAUCAACUCGCCUGUGUAUCUGAUUAUUGGCUUACAAUUACCUGUACUUUGAACAUCACUGACGAGCCUGCAGAUGUCAACAACACCCACUACUGGUUGAAUUUCAUCUGGCCUGAUGAAGCUGGUAACACAUUCAAAUGUCCACUGGUGGAGAUGGGGGAAAGUUAUGGUUGCACAUUUGUGGCUGAUUUUGAUGAGAAUGUAAGGUAUAACAACGCUUCAUUUAAUAGCGUGGACUGUUUCAAUGUACGUCUUUGUUAUAACAUUGACUGCCAAUCAAACUAUGAUAACUUGACAGACUUCGAACCAUCCAAAAAUAUUCAACCAACAGCUCCAAGUCAUCUCGCUGUCCAGCGGACUUCAGAGGGUUACAAAUGCACUUGGCAAAGUGGAUAUGAACACCAUCCUUAUUUAACAGAGUUCCAUUACCAACUCUGCUUCUACAAAUACCAUGGCGAUAAGGGCGAGGUGUUUUGUGUGUCCCCUCAAAACAAAUCUAUUUUAAUUGAUAGAUCUGGACUUAAGCCAGAAACCACAUAUGUUCUGAAAGUCAGAUCUGAGCUAUAUAAGUCCUCUGGAUAUAAAGGACAGUGGAGUCCGUGGAGUGCAUUGGUGCAAUUGAGGACUGAUGCAAAGGAAGCAGAACCAACUAUAGUCCUUGUCCUCAGCAAGUUUGUAUUUCCAGGUUGUGUGAUUGCUGGAGUUCUGUUGUUUGGAUUUUACAACCCCACUAUAAGAAUGAAGAUAAAAUCUUUCUAUGAUGUGCCAAGCCCAGCCCCUUUAUUCCAACCUCUCUACAAAGAUUAUAACAAACAUUUCCAGGACUGGCUUGAGUCAGAGUGCAAUCUGAUACCAACAUACAAACCAGAAGAGUUCCUGACCAUCGAUACUUUGAUUAUUGAGGCCAAACAUAUAGCAGAGGACCAGGACUGCUCAGCUUCAACACCAUAUCCCCUAGCACAAGUUCACACUCCCUAUGUUGGUCCCUCAGUGAUGGACUGGGUCUGCAGUCACAGUCCAAACGGAAAUGGUCCAGGGGACAUCCCUUACACCCAGCUGCCCUGCUCUCCCCUAGAGCUACAGUUUGGAGCGAUGGUCACCUCUUCCUCUCAGGACCCUUCGGUCGCCUGCGAGGGGGACUCUGGAUGCGAGGACUUAACACUCAGCCCAGACAGCAGCUUGCCUAAUAGUCCUGUAUCUAGUGAGCCAGAAUGCACCUGUACUGAUUUCUGUAUCCUACACGAAACCUCUAAAGGUUUUAUCCCCACUGUUGUGCCCAAAGAGGUCUCUACUCAUCCCUUGAAGAGUUAUUGCAUAGAGGGACCAGGUAAGGAGGAAACCUGUGUCACUGAGUGAAGUUACCAAAUGUUACAUCAUAUGCCAAUAGGACAGACAGCCUACCUCUUGGGUUGUGAAAAUGUACUGAGCAAGGGGUGUUAUAGUCUUUAUAAUUGCCUAAAUGACAUAAUGUUGUCUUACGAUCAUUUGCAGUUUCUUAUUUGUAAUUCUGAUGUAGACUUGUGUAUACUGUAAUGAAGUGUGUUUUGUCUGUUUGAAAUAAUGUACAUUUUUUAAUUACUAUAUCAAUUGUGUGAUAGCUUAAAUAACUAUUUUGGACCAGUUCAUUUCAUAAUUUGUAUGCGCUGAUGGCACUCGAGUCAUUGAUCCUUCAGUAUGUGAGAACCACCAGAGGACGCUGCGACUCAACACUUGCUAUUAUCUGUUGGAGAAAUUGGCGAGGUGCAGUUUCUUGGAUGAACAAUUUCAGCUAUAUGUAAUAUUUCGAAAGUAGUUUAAUAAUCCUGUAACUACUAUGUCCUUUAAUUUGUCUUGUAUUACAUACUUGUUCGCUAUUGUAA